AUGACGAAUGAAGUUAGAAAAAUGAUUGGAGGAGCUAUGUUGAUGGCAGUGUAUAUUAUAGGAGCUAUGUUGAUGACAGUGUAUAUUAUAGGAGCUAUGUUGAUGACAGUGUAUAUCAUAGUAGCUCUGUUGAUGACAGUGUAUAUUAUAGGAGCUAUGUUGAUGACAGUGUAUAUUAUAGGAGCUAUGUUGAUGACAGUGUAUAUUAUAGGAGCUAUGUUGAUGACAGUGUAUAUUACUGGAGCUCUGUUGAUGACAGUGUAUAUUACAGGAGCUAUGUUGAUGACAGCGUAUAUUACUGGAGCUAUGUUGAUGACAGUGUAUAUUACUGGAGCUAUGUUGAUGACAGUGUAUAGUACUGGAGCUAUGUUGAUGACAGUGUAUAUUACAGUAGCUAUGUUGAUGACAGUGUAUAUUACAGGAGCUAUGUUGAUGAUAGUGUAUAUUAUAGGAGCUAUGUUGAUGACAGUGUAUAUUACAGUAGCUAUGUUGAUGACAGUGUAUAUUACAGUAGCUAUGUUGAUGACAGUGUAUAUUACAGUAGCUAUGUUGAUGACAGUGUAUAUUACAGGAGCUAUGUUGAUGACAGUGUAUAUUACAGUAGCUAUGUUGAUGACAGUGUAUAUUACAGGAGCUAUGUUGAUGACAGUGUAUAUUAUAGGAGCUAUGUUGAUGACAGUGUAUAUUACAGUAGCUAUGUUGAUGACAGUGUAUAUUACAGUAGCUAUGUUGAUGACAUUUAAUGAGGUCUACUUGUUGAAUUGCUACCGUAUAAAAGGAGAUACGAUAGAGAAAGUAUUUAGUGGUUCACUGAUCGCCCACUCUAGCUACUUGUAUCUUCUGAAGGCUCUCACUAUGAUUCGCUGGAUCGUGCUUAUAUCCUUAUGUGUGGCCGCUUUGGCACAGUACAGAUAUGACGCAUCUGCAGGUGCUCAGAAGGAGCAAGAUCCGGAAGUCAUCAUCCGAAUUCAGGAGCAACAAAAGCGAGCUUUAAUUGCCAGGCAGCAACAGCAAACCCAAGCCAUCUUGGAAGCACAGCGGUAUGAUGAGAAUCGCCCCCGUAACUAUCAUCCCCCAGCUCCCGUUCACUUUGUUAAAGUUGGUGAUAAGCUUGAGGGUGACUACGACUUUGGCUAUGAUACCGGAACAGGACCUUCUGGACAGAGCUUUCGCAAGGAAGUUCGUCUUCCUGAUGGUACAGUAAAGGGAGCCUACGGCUAUGUCGACUCUGAUGGGAAACAGAGAAUUGUUAAAUACUUCGCUGGAAAGGGUGGAUUCGUUGCUUCUGGCGACGUGGGUCCUGAAGAUGUUCCUCAGGGUGUAGCUCCUGGGCCUGCCCCUAAACCACAGCCUCACUAUGCUCCCGCUCCUGCCCAGCAAUAUGCUCCCCCUCCUGCCCCUUCUCAACAAUAUGCUCCUCCCCCUAGACAAUAUGCUCCUCCCCCUAGACAAUAUGCCCCACCUCCUGCCCCAGUCGGAAACGAAAAUUCUCUGCGACAACAACCUCAGAAGCCGGUAUUCGUCGACACAUCUUUAUUAAACUAUAAUAUUGGAGUCAGACAGUGAUAUGUCUUCUUAUAUAGAAUUUAUGCAAUUUGAGAAAUCAGAAAUUUUAAAAAAAAGUGAAUUGCAGAAAAAAUAAUAAACAGAAUUAUCAAAAGCAUAUCUUGUAGUAUUGUAAGCACUCAUAAGCUGUAUUUGACAUCCCUGUAUCUAAUAGUAGAAAUC